AUGCCGGAGUAUGAGCUUUUCUACUUUCCAAUCACCGGGCUUGGUGAGCCUUUGCGUUUGGUGUUCGUGCUGGGUGGGGUUCCUUUCAAAGACACCACCCCAGCCAACGACCCCAGUUUCCAGGAUCGCAAAGCAGCGAUCCAUCCCUAUGCCCCCGAGGCGGGUGGCUUGCCAGUGCUGACCAUCGACGGCAAGCCCUUUGCGCAGAGCCGUGCCAUCUUGCGCUACCUGGGCCGCGUAUGCAGCUAUGAGGGUGCUCCACUCUAUCCCAGUGAUCCCAUGGAACAGCUGGAAUGCGAUGAGAUGAUUGAGAUGGCCGAGGAUCUCCGUGGCCCCUUGCUAGGCACCUUUGCUGUCCAAGACGAGGCCGAGAAGUUAGCAGCCCGAGCAGCGUUGGUGGCAGAGGAUGGCAAGAUGACCAAGUGGCUGAAGAUCAUCGACCGCAUGUUGGGCAAGAAGUUUCCCACCAAGCCGACCAUUGGAACCGUCUACCUUUGGAGCCUGGUUACCAUGCUUCGCCAACCCACCUUCCUGGAUGGAAUUCCUGCGGAUGCCCUGGCGCCAUAUGCCAACAUCGCCAAGCUGCACCAGUACAUGUCGCAGCUUCCACCCAUCCUGGAGCACUACGCCAAGGCAGAGAAGCGCGACAACUUCAAGCAAUCACGCGUGACCAUACAGGUGGACCAGCCAGGGGAUUUUCUGCUUGAGAUCGAUUCCAGCUGUGCACAUCGAUUUCCUCCAACAGCUCUCCGCAGACGUCUCCUUUGGCGACUAGGCUACACCGUGGUGGUCCUGCCAUGGUACGAGGUGAGUUUUUGCGACCCCGAGCAGCUUCGGGGCGUGCUUCGCGCGCGCCUAGGAGCCGUAUCUCCGCCAUCACCUUCCUAUCUAUCGGCAAAGGCUUCAGUCAGUGCGAAGGUAGCUCGGAGUGCCAUAGGCGCCAUCGCAAGGCAUGGCUUGCCCGAUGUCUAUGUGGCUGAGCGUGAAGGAGCCGAGGGUCCGUCCUCCGUGGCCGAGUCCCGUCGCCAGGGCCUCUUGAAAGCCAAGUCCUUACUGCUGAUACCGGCGGCAGCGGAGAUAGCCAAAGCAGCCAAGAAAGCAGUUCAGUGA